CAUACCUGCCUUCUCAUUAUCCGUACCAUCCAUCCCAUAGAUAUUUAUCGGUCCUUUCCUCCAUCUCGGGGCUCCAUCGCUCUGGCCCUCCCCUCUUCUUUCCAUCCUCUUUAACCUGACAGACCCGUCCACCCCGUAGACAUCAUAAUCUUCCUCUUUCUUCUCCCAUUGCCUUUUGCCCGCCACAACCACCACCUCCCAUCAAACGGUUUAGUUUUGUUUGUGUGUGCUUGCAACUUCCCAUCACCAAUACCCGCCUGCUUCACUUGACAUAGACCCUUUUCUGUACCUUCGGUCUAGGUAUAGGCGAGCAGGAUAGAGAGAUUCUUGGCCUCAAGUCCUCGACUGACCGAACGAGACCCUUUCACUUACACGCCGCCGUGUCCCUUGCCCAGCCGCCUCCCAACACUUUUUUUUCUUUCUCAUUCCACCCAAGCGGCCAGGCCAUAGCUGCUGCGAACCCGGCAGACCCUUGUACGCUAAGGCGCAAGCUAGUUAUCCUCCACGCCACAUUUCAUCACCCACUUCUAGGACAGCUCAAUCAGCUUCCCCGUCCUCGCACAGCGAUUGGGCGCAAGUCCUCGAAGCGAACUGAGAAGAAGAGAGAUUUCGCGCUCCCCCCCUCCCCCCUCCAAGACCCCAAGACCGCUCCUGCUGUAUCCAGCAGAAUAAAGCGGCAAUCGCAGUACUCCCUGCUCUAAACGGCAGACCCAGCCAACCAAACUCGGUCUGAACACCCUGUGAGGCUGUGACUCCUUCCCUUUAGAUAGCUGGAGCUGCCAACCGACCGACGGGACCGCUCCUUCUCUACUUUCUCAGAUAUUCACGCCCAUGCCUUCCGCAGUCUUUCCUGAGCAACCAGGUCCGUACAAACCUCUCUUUUGCCUUUGUUAUCUUCCACCUUCCAAUCCUCGACAACAUCAUCCACAGUACACUCACCUCCGCCGCUAUUCUUGUACUCACUCGCCUUCACCCGACGAUUUCCUCUCUUGAAAGCAACAUCGAGUAUUGACGCAGUAUUUCCCACCGAACAGACCUUGGCCUUAUACAGGCCAAACAAUCUGCUCUGGCGAAGCUGGCCAUGAGUUCCAACAAGGAUUCCCGCGCCCCUUCGUCAUCGCCCCUUCUCCAAUCAAACAAACCAUCCGCGCCUUCGAUUUCCGGCGGCGAACCCCCGCCUGCGCCCGUGUCGCAUCCCCACGAUGCCCUCCUCCCGCCUCCUGCGAUGGCGCAUGCCGUCCGCUCUAUGAACGACCUGAACGGUCCCAUCGCCCUUCGCGACCGAUCCUUGAUCGCCUCCUCCGACACCCCCCCGGCCAUGCGCAGCGUCGUCUCGACCGCCCCGAAUUCUCCCAGAAUCCCGCCUGUCAGACAGAAUUCGGGAGGCACCACUCCGCGCCUUCGCCCGCACCCCGCCACACUCAAUGUUCCCGGCAUGACCGUGUCAAGAGUCUCGCCCGACGGAAAGAUUAGCGAUCGCGAUGUGGCUGCGAAGCUCGUCAUCAUCAUGGUUGGCCUUCCCGCCCGAGGAAAAUCGUACAUCACCAAGAAGGUCCAGCGAUACCUGUCUUGGCAGCAGUACAACUCGUGCAUCUUCAACGUUGGCAACCGCAGACGGGUCGCCGCCGGCUUGAGCUCGCCCAUGAAGUCGGCGCACUCGCCGACCGUAAUCCAGCUCGAUCCCCCGGCCCAGGCUGCCUCAAUCUUGCUUAAUGGGCAUGUGCCGCAGGGCAACACGGAGCCCGCCGAGCUGAACUUGAACAACGAGUCGAUCGACGCAAUGGACCAGUCAGCCAAGUUCUUCGACCCGACCAACGAGACCGCGGCCAAGCUCCGCGAGCAGGUGGCCCUGGACACGUUGGAUGAGCUUUUGGAUUACCUUCUGCACCAGGGCGGCUCCGUUGGAAUUCUCGAUGCGACGAACAGUACCAUUCAUCGCCGUCAGCUUCUGGUUGACCGGAUCAAGGAGAGGGAGCCCAAGCUUGGAAUUCUUUUCAUCGAGAGCAUCUGCCACGAUCAGAACCUCCUCGAGGCCAACAUGCGCCUGAAGCUUUCGGGUCCCGACUACAAGGAUAAGGACCCCCAUCAGUCCCUUGCGGAUUUCAAGAGACGCGUCGCCGCGUACGAAAGCGCCUAUGUGCCCAUCGGAGAGUAUGAGGAGGCGCAUGAUAUGCAGUACAUCCAGAUGAUUGAUGUCGGCCGAAAGCUCAUCCAGCACAGACUGCGAGGCUUCCUCAGCGGAGGCAUUAGCUCCUACUUGACGACAUUUAACCUUGCGCCACGGCAGAUAUGGCUUACCCGGCACGGUCAGAGUGUCGACAACCGUCUCGGAAAGCUUGGCGGAGACUCGGAGCUGACACCUGAUGGAGAGCAAUACGGAAAGGCUCUUCAUACCUUCGUCACCCAGAAACGCAAGGAGUGGCUCAUUGAGCAGAAGGAUAAGAUAGCGCAGUCGUCCUUCCCGCCUAAGGCCGGCGACCACACGCCUCCCUACCCUGAGCUUAACCGCGAACUGGAGGAGAAGAACUUCUGCGUUUGGACAUCAAUGCUGAAGCGCAGCGUCCAAACCGCCAUGGAGUUUGACAACGACGAAGAUUACGAUGUGAAGAACUGGGCAAUGCUCAACGAGCUGAACGCUGGUCUCUUUGAAGGCUUGACGUAUGAGGAGAUUGCCAGAAGAUUCCCUGGCGAGUAUAGAAAACGCGCUGAUGACAAGCUUCACUACACUUACCCGGGGGUUGGUGGAGAAGGUUAUCUCCAGGUCAUCGCUCGUCUGCGAGACAUGGUGAGGGAAAUUGAGCGCAUUGAGGACCAUGUUCUCAUCAUUGGACACCGUUCUGUCUGCCGUGUUCUCAUGGCAUACUUCAUGGAUCUCACCCGCAAUGAGAUUGCCGACUUGGAUGUCCCCCUGGGCAUGCUCUACUCCAUUGAGCCUAAGCCUUAUGGUUACGACUUCCACGCUUAUCGCUACCACGCGGAUAAGGGAACUUUCUUUGAGGUCCCUAACUACCGACCCCAGCGCACUGUUGAUCGUGCCGCUUGAGAUCAGAGCCAAAGAAGGCUUUGACUGUAACAUAUGACGACUUGUACAACACCAACACACGAAUGGAAUUCAGGAAGGGGAGUUUUAGGCGUUGAGACAACUCAGCCACGACUACGAUUUUGCUAUUUUGGAGGGGUAGGACAGAAAAGGUCUUGCACAGAUGACUUUUUUCUUCUUUUUUCCCCCGAGACAGGGGCUUCUUCAUCCUCAGCAGUGGGGGGGAUAUCGAAGCAUUUGCAAGGCGUUUGGGAAUCGAAGACGGCCAUCUACCAGAAAGAGGUCAAAAGGAUACCCCAUGACGCUUAAUGAAGGAAAGGGAAUAGCUAGAUGGCUUCCCUUGUUGCUCAACUUUGCAAGGCUUUUGUUCAGACACAACACACAAGCCAUUGGCUUCUUUCUACUUGAUACAAAAACAAGCAACAGAAGUGUUUUUUUUUACUUUGAA